AUGACAAGAAUCGACGCUUCGGAGAAGACAAGCGACACGGACACCGUAAAAGAGGACGACCCAGUCACCAGUCUUGCCCUGGUCAUAUCCCGAUUAACUUCCCUUCCUGUUGCUGAUGUGAGCGCGCCCAGCAAUGUGUCCGAAACCGCUUUAGAUCACGAUGCCACCCAGUCCAAUACUGCCCAUCAUGAUCGGGGCGUGAAGUCUGUGGACGGAUUCCCAUCGUUGACGGGCCAUUUCCUCGAGAAGGAGUAUAGGAAUGACAUCGCUGCUUUCUGCGUUCGCGCUGGCAUCGACCGACAAAGCUUCGACAAGCUAUUUGGACUGGAACAGGAGCUUCGCCACCAGAUACUCCCUCUCUGGAUCUGCACGCACGCGCUACCGGACGUAGACCGCGCAGCCGACUGCCUGCAAGAGAUGCUUGAUCUAGUCCCCGAGGACAACGCCAUACGAGCAUCAUUGCUCGAGAUCCACGCAUCCGUUCUGGUCGAUAGAUCCUUGAUCUCCCUCGACCUGAAUGAUCUUGAUCUGGCCUUGGCCUCUCAGUUCUGCGCAUGCGCUAUCGGUACGGGCGUCCUAAGACCACUUCAUCUCGCUCGUUUGGGUUUGGUGUACUGGCAUCGAUUUGAGCUUACCGACGACGAGGACCAUCUGGAUGCGAGCACGAGUUCAUACGAGGAAGCGGCCAGUCUCUGCGAAGGGGAUUUGGCGGUGCAACAAGUCGUCGCUCUGGGUUUAUGCGCCGAUGCCAAGUUCAACAAGCACCGCCAUCUCGGAAGACUGCAGGAUCUAAACGAGGCCAUCUCCCUCGCGCGGCGCGCUUUAUCAUACUCUUUCGAAGAUCCCACACUGCGCGCUGCGUGCUUGACUCGCUUGUAUGCCUCAUUGCGCGCUCGCUAUGAGCGUCUUGGGGACGUGGCGGACCUGACAGCAGCGAUCUUCGCCGCUGAGACUGCCGUAGAGCUCGCGACGGCUCGAGGUCCAGACAAGAUGGAGUACCUUGCGCAGCUUGGAGAUGCAUUCCGAGCACGCUUUCGACUCAACCAUCAGAGGACGGACAUCGACAAAGCCGUCAGCUUGUCGCGACAAGCUAUAGAGCUUGCGACUACGUUGAACAGUCGUUCGGCCUUGGUCUUGAGUCUUCUUGGGAGCGCAUACGCACAGCGGUCGUUGGCGUACCAGAGCUUUCCCGAUCUAAACGCCGCGAUCAUGGCGCAUCAGGCUGCAGUUCAGGGGACGCCUCGGGGUGACCGCGACGUAUACGUCUGCAUGGCCAAUCUGGCUCAGACUCUAUUCUCCAGAUAUACACUGGUCCAUGACCCUGCGGACUUGGACGAGGCCAUCCGUUUCAGGAAGGACGUGAUUGCAUCCCUACCUGAUACGCACUUCCACAAGAGCCAGAUGCUCACCGAGCUAGCUCUUGAGCUACGCGAGAGGUCUUCCGUGAAAUCAUCUCUGCGCGAUGAGGCCAUCGCAGCUGCUCGACUUGCUGCCGAGAAUGUACACAGUCCUGCAUCUGUUCGGUUUACCGCCGCUCGAUUCUGGGCAUUCCUCGCAUACAGUCACCUCGGCCCCGAGGGCUCAAUGCCUGCAUGGAAAGUUGGCAUGUCCCUCAUAUCUCGGGUCGUAUGGCUCGGCGAUGCCAUCCAAAGACGUUACGUCGAACUUCCCAUGGUGACGGCCUUUGUCAACACGGCAGUCGCAGCAGCUAUCAGUGAAGGGUACUAUGCUCUAGCUGCUGAAUGGUUCGAAGAAGGGCGAUGUGUGGUCUGGGCCCAGAUCCACCAGCUCCGAUCCCCUCUGGAUGACCUUCGUUCUUCCGGCGAAACGGGGCAUAAACUGGCGGACGAGCUCGAACAGGUGUCCCAGGAGCUCGAUCGUGCCGGUCUGCAGAUGUCUGAGGAUUCGGCACUGAGUGUGGUCAGCUUCACUUCCAACACGAGCGAAAGCCGACACCAGAAUCGCCAUGGCCUAGCGCGGCGCCACGAAGAGCUCCUUGACCGAGCGCGUGCGAUUCCAGGCUUUUCCGACUUUUUGCGUCCCAAACGACUAGAUGCGCUCCGGGAAGCGGCAAGGCUAAGCCCGGUCGUCCUUAUGUGGGUGUUCGAAGGCGGCGAUGGGCACAGCCUCGUCAUAUUGGGUCCUCAACAUAGGGCACCCUUCAUCUACAUCUCGUUACCGGCGCUCACUGCGUCCCUGGCUACCAAGAUACGCUCGCUGUUCCUACGCACAAUAACUUCUGCCGGAGUGCGCUCCCGGGGCGCGGUCAAUCCCAGGCAAAAUGGCGGCAGCGAUGAGAUGUUGCGCGUCUUGCGUACUCUCUGGUCUCAUGCGGUCGGGCCUACUUUGUUGAAGCUCACUACACUGAGGGUCCUUCGAUCCCCGAUGGAGACGGGUAAGAUCCCACGUAUCACUUGGUGCCCUGGUGGUACCCUGUCCUUCUUGCCAUUCCAUGCCGCAGGCAUGUACGACCCUAGUCGUCCGGACAACCUCAACGCGAUGGACGUUGUCGCAUCCUCAUACACACCAUCUCUAGCCACUCUCCUGAACGCGCACCGUGCAAGACGACCGCCGAGUCCCAAGGUCCAAGUUCUUGUCGUCUCACAACCUGCUACUCCACGCCAAAGUAGGUUGCCCGCGACUCUCGUUGAGGCAAAGCAAGCGAUCGGCAUUCUAGGUCAAGAUCGCACUGUCUGGCUGAACGACGCCGCUGCCACGAAGUCCGCCGUUCUGGAUGCAAUAGCGUCUCACGGCUGGGUGCAUCUAGCCUGCCACGGCGCCCAAGCUAAAGACCCGAUGCAGAGUGCUUUCUACCUCUACGAUGGACAACUCACCCUCGCGGACAUCAUGCAACGGAGCUUCACGCAUACCGACCUCGCUAUACUAUCCGCGUGCCAAACCGCAGCCGGUGAUGAGGCGCUCAGCGACGAAGUUGUCCAUCUCGCGGCCGGCAUGCUCGGCGCGGGAUUCCGAGGGACUGUCGCGACGUUAUGGUCGAUCUCUGAUGCAGACGCGCCGGUGGUCAUGAAGGAGCUGUAUGAGCGCCUUGCAGCAUGGGGUCUCAACAGUGAAGACGCAGCUAAUGCGCUGCAUGUCGCAGUGACCCGCCUGCGCAAUCAAGUUGGAGAAAGGACCUUCUUGCGUUGGCUUCCCUUCGUACAUUAUGGCAUAUGA